AUGGCCGAGUCCAAGAAUAUGCAGCCACUAGUGCACGCCCUCAUCAACAUUCUCUUCUUCCUCGGCGAGGGGAGCGCACUGCUGCGGCUGUACACUAAGCUCUUUGUGCUCAAGAACUUUGGCUGGGACGACUGGUCGAUGUUACUGGUUUCGGUUGUAAACAUUGGGCAACAUAUCAUUCUCUACACCUUCAUUCAGGUUGGCGCGGGCCUUCCGCAGGCAGACGUGCUCGCCCAAGAUCCGACGGCGCUCAACAAGAUGCUCAAGCGCCUCUUCGUUGAGGAGAUUUGGUACCUAGGCCUACACUUCCUGAUCAAAAUGAGCUUUUUGCUCUUCUUUCUGCGCCUGUCUCCGUCGAGCAAGUUCCGCAUCGCCGUCUUUUGCGUCAUCGGCGCCAACGUGUUUGUCACGGUCGGCACGUGGGUUCUGUACUGCUUACAAUGCAUCCCGCUCGAGGCCUACUGGCACCCGGAGAAAUAUCCCGACGUCAAGUGUCUUCCUUUUGCCGUUUCAUUGUGGCUGCCAGCAACUGCUCUCAUUUGCGUCGACUGGGCCAUCUUCAUCCUGCCCCUAAGCACGAUCCUCUCCCUCCAAAUGACCAUGAAGAAGCGCCUACAGGUCCUCGCCGUCGUCUGCACGGGCGGUGCGUCCGUCCUCGUAUCGUGCCUGCGGCUCAUCGUCAUCCACGAGUUCACCGUGACCACCGACUUCAUCUACACGGUCGGCUCGAUCUGCAUCGUCUCGGCCGCCGAGAUGGAGGUCGCCAUCCUCGCGGCCAACAUGCCGGGCAUGAGCGCGCUGUACAAGGCGUGGAAGAGCGGGACUAUCUCCGGCACCGGCCGGACCAGCGGAGGUGGGACCGGGAGCUACGGGCCGCAAUCGCGGACCAAGAACCCCAGCGGCAAGGGGUACAUCAACACGGGCGACGGGAGCGGCAACGGCGACGGUCAUCAACUUGCCACGUUCUCUUCGAAGCGUACCCGGGAGCGCAUCGUGGGCGAUGAGGACCUCAUGUACACGCGCUACGAGAAUGAGCGGGGUGCUCCCGGUGUGGACAGCGAUGCCAGGACGCUUGGGGAUCACAGCUCGACGAGGGAGCUCGCCCCAGGCCGCAAGGAUUCGGAUGAUGACAGCGAGGGCCCAGGCCAUGGAACGAACAGGAUGAGUGGCGCACAGCAGAACCACGGUGUUGUAGUGAGCCGCGAAAUUGUAGUCACUGACGAGCCGCGUGAUGCUGGACGGGGUGCUCAAGGUCCCGAGGGCGGGCUCUACCGACCGCACACCUGGAAGGUUGCUGGCAGGUCAUUCUACCGGCCCUAG